AAGAGGCAGAAGUGGAUGUGAGAGACAGACACACACAGAGACACAGAGAGCGAAAGAGGGCAAGAGACUUGACUUUAAGAGACUCCUGCACUGACAACUCCAUGCAGUUCGGAACAAGAACGGCAGCGACCGACUCUGGUUUCAUGGGGACAUGGCAGAACACUGACACUAACCUCUUAUUCAGAAUGUCCCAACAGGCCAUCCGCUGUACACUGGUAAAUUGCACAUGUGAAUGUUUUCAGCCAGGGAAGAUUAACCUGAGAACCUGUGAUCAGUGUAAACAUGGCUGGGUGGCACAUGCCUUGGACAAGCUUAGUACUCAGCACCUCUACCACCCAACCCAAGUGGAGAUUGUGCAGUCCAACGUUGUGUUUGACAUCAGCAGUCUGAUGCUCUACGGUACUCAGGCUGUGCCUGUGAGACUGAAGAUACUACUUGACCGACUCUUCAGUGUACUGAAGCAAGAGGAGGUGUUGCAUAUUCUACAUGGCUUAGGCUGGACACUACGAGACUAUGUUCGAGGCUACAUACUUCAGGAUGCUGCAGGCAAGGUGCUGGACCGCUGGGCCAUCAUGUCCAGGGAAGAAGAGAUCAUUACCCUUCAGCAGUUCCUGAGAUUUGGAGAAACCAAAUCUAUCGUGGAGCUGAUGGCGAUUCAAGAAAAAGAAGGGCAGGCUGUGGCUGUGCCAUCUUCAAAGACAGAUUCAGAUAUAAGGACUUUUAUUGAAAGCAAUAAUCGCACCAGGAGCCCAAGUCUCCUUGCUCACCUGGAGAAUAGCAACCCUUCCAGCAUUCAUUUAACCAGCAUCACAAAUGUUGAGCCCAAAACUGAGCCAGCCUGCGUCUCUCCUGUUCAGACGCCUACGCCUGUGAAUGAUCUAUCGAAAACAGAACACACUAAAAGCUCGUUUCGCAUUCACAGAAUGCGGAGAAUGGGUUCGGCCUCCAGGAAAGGAAGAGUGUUUUGCAAUGCAUGUGGCAAAACUUUCUACGACAAAGGUACUCUUAAAAUCCACUACAAUGCCGUUCACCUGAAAAUCAAGCACCGGUGCACUAUUGAGGGCUGCAACAUGGUCUUCAGCUCUCUCAGGAGCCGCAACCGCCACAGUGCUAACCCCAAUCCCCGCCUCCACAUGCCUAUGCUAAGGAAUAACCGUGACAAAGAUCUAAUUCGUGCUACAUCAGGUGCCGCCACUCCGGUCAUAGCAAGUACAAAAUCCAACCUAACUUUAACAAGCCCUGGACGUCCACCGAUGGGGUUUACCACUCCCCCUCUAGAUCCUGUACUACAGAACCCUCUUCCCAGUCAGCUGGUGUUCCCGGCUUUAAAGACUGUUCAACCUGUUCCUCCUUUUUACAGAAAUUUACUUACUCCUGGAGAGAUGGUGAGUCCUCCAACCUCACUCCCUACCAGUCCAAUAAUACCAGCAGUGAGUGGCAUGGAGCAGCAUCCCCCUCCUCCUUCAGAGUCAUCAGUACCUUCAGUGCUUAUGCCCACCCCGGAGCCUAAUGCUGACCUUGCCCCCAAGAAGAAACCAAGGAAGUCAAGCAUGCCAGUUAAAAUUGAAAAGGAAGUUAUUGAUACUGCCGAUGAGUUUGAUGAUGAAGACGAAGAGGUGAAUGACAGCAGCACAAUGGUGAAUGACAUUGGUCAUGACAAUCACUGCCAUUCUCAGGAGGAAAUGAGCCCAGGUCUGUCUGUGAAAGACUUUUCCAAAAGUGACAGAAGUAGAUGCAUUUCCAGACCAGACAUAAGAAGGGCAGAUAGCAUGACAUCAGAAGACCAGGAGCAAGAGAGAGACUAUGAAAAUGAGUCGGAAUCGUCAGAGCCCAAAUUGUGUGAGGAAUCCAUGGAAGGUGACGAUCGUCUCCAUGAACCUGGUGAAAAAUCUAUGAUGCACAGUGACAGACCAGAUGAAAACCACAAUGACUCUUCCAACCAAGAUGUCAUUAAGGUGAAGGAAGAGUAUACAGACCCUACAUAUGAUAUGUUCUACAUGAGCCAAUACGGACUGUACAAUGGAGGCAGCGCCAGUAUGGCUGCCCUUCAUGAAAGUUUCGCUUCUACAUUCAACUACAGCAGCCCUCAGAAGUUCUCCCCAGAAGGCGAAAUGUGCUCCAGCCCAGACCCCAAGAUCUGCUAUGUGUGCAAGAAAAGUUUCAAGAGUUCCUACAGUGUGAAGCUUCACUACAGAAAUGUUCAUUUAAAAGAGAUGCAUGUCUGCACAGUGGCUGGCUGUAAUGCUGCGUUCCCAUCACGGAGAAGCAGAGACAGACACAGUGCUAACAUAAACCUGCACCGUAAACUGUUGACCAAAGAACUGGAUGACAUGGGCCUGGACACCUCACAGCCUUCUCUUAGUAAGGACCUCCGCGAUGAAUUUUUGGUGAAGAUAUAUGGCGCUCAGCAUCAGAUGGGGCUCGACAUAAGGGAAGACACCUCCUCGCCUGCUGGUACUGAGGAUUCCCAUAUGAAUGGGUACAGCAGGGGCAUGUCGGAAGACUAUAUGGUCCUAGACCUGAGCACCACCUCCAGCAUCCAGUCGAGCAGCAGUAUCCAUUCUUCAAGAGAAUCUGAUGCAGGAAGCGAUGAGGGCAUUCUCCUGGACGACGUCGAUGGGGCAAGUGACAGCGGGGAAUCUGCCCACAAAGCAGAUGCCCCUGCCUUAGCUGUAGGUAUGGCCACCGAUGUCCCAGGAUCCCUCAUGUUCAACAGUGUUUCGGUGAGCAACGGUGGGAUAAUGUGUAACAUUUGCCACAAAAUGUACAGCAACAAGGGAACCCUCAGAGUGCACUAUAAAACAGUGCACUUGCGAGAGAUGCACAAAUGCAAAGUCCCUGGGUGCAACAUGAUGUUCUCCUCUGUCCGUAGCCGAAACCGGCACAGUCAGAACCCCAAUCUGCAUAAAAACAUUCCCUUUACUUCAGUAGAUUAG